AUGACCUGCGCUGCUGCAGCAGCCACAUCUGGCUGUCAAAGCCUCAACGGCCUGCGCUGCUGCCACUGCCUAUUCUGGCUGUCAAAGCCUCAACGACUUGCGCUGCUGCCCCUGCCUCUUCUGGCUGUCAAAGCCUCGAUGACCUGCGCUGCUGCAGCAGCCCCUUCUGGCUGUCAAAGCCUCGAUGACCUGUGCUGCUGCCCCUGCCUCUUCUGGCUGUCAAAGCCUAGACGACCUGCCCUGCUGCCACUGCCCCUUCUGGCUGUCAAAGCCUCGACGACCUCUGCUGCUUCUACUUCCACUUCUGGGUGUCAAAGCCUUGACGACCUGCUACACUGCCGCUGCCUCUUCUCGCUGUCAAAGCCUCGACGACCUGCGCUGCUCCCUCUGCCUCUUCUGGCUGUCAAAGCCUCAACAACCUGCGCUGCUGCCGCUGCCCCUUCUGGCUGUCAAAGCCUCGAUGACCUGCUCUCCUCCCACUGCCCCUUCUGGCUGUCAAAGCCUCGACGACCUGCGCUGCUGCCGCUGCCCCUUCUGGCUGUCAAAGCCUUGAUGACCUGCGCUGCUGCCUCUGCCUCUUCUGGCUGUCAAAGCCUCGAUGACCUGCGCUGCUGCCUCUGCCUCUUCUGGCUGUCAAAGCCUUGA